GACGAGCUUCGUUUCAAGCCAGUGUUGAAAAAAAAAAACACUUGCGCAGGGUCCUUCAGGUGCAUCGGCAUCGGCACCGUGUCAAGGAAGUACAACCGCAGUUCAGUAGCUCUCACUUAGGUAUACUGCUCCGAGGUUGCACGUGCUCGACAGUGGUGGGGCAGAGUCCAGGGAAACGCUCUCCUGUGUAUAGAGUUGAUACCGCGACGCGCUCAGUCUCGGUGCAGCCGUGUGUAAAACCACUACCUAUCGUUUAUAGCUCUCGUCUCAUUUAAUCAAAUGUGCGCGGACUGCCGUUGCAACGGUGAUCUUGUGGAUAAAGACUUGGGAUUUGUAUAUAAGUAAGAGCUACACCAAAGAGGCAGAGGCGAGAGCGUGUACGACUGUAUCAGUGAACAGGUGACUACCAAGAAUCGUGGAGUUAUUGCUGAUAUUUGCGAGUGCUGGAGAGCUGUCGGUUGAAGAAGCAAAGAGGUUUUCAUACUUAAUCUACUGUAGUCCAGUGGAAAGUCGAACACUAUUAAAACUACUGAAGUAUACUGCCCAAACGAUUCCAGAGCAACGUAUGGAUCGAGAUCCAAAAGGGCUUUGAAAAAAUUAAAAGAUGGAUUUGCACACAAAAAACGGUACAGAUACGCCGGGCAGUUUGUCCCAGACUAUCUCCAGGGAGAUUUCGUUAAAAGAUGUCGGCGCAAGAAAGGACAGUGGUUGCGGAGUUUUUCAGUCAAAGGACCCGAUAGUGCAACUCGAUAAAGACAUCGAAGCGCGAACUGGCGGUGACGAUGUUCACGGCUCCGGAUCUAGUCACCCGACCUCGUACUUCGAGACCCUCAUGCAUCACUUCAAGUGCAACGUGGGGUCAGGCAUAUUUGCGUUAGGCGAUGCCUUCAAAAACGCAGGCCUCGUACUCGCACCGACUCUCAUGGUAUUUCUUGGUAUCAUCUGCGUUCACGCCCAAUAUAUUCUCCUAAAAUGCAACGAGGAAGUAAGGCGGAGGCUCGGUAGUUCGCUGGAGGCAAGCCCCGGCUACGCCACGACAGUAGAGCUUUGCUUUGCCACUGGGCCACUCGCAGUGCGAAAGUAUUCAGUAUUUAUGAGAAAAUCAGUUAAUCUGUUUCUAUGCAUCACGCAACUCGGAUUUUGCUGUGUCUAUUUUGUCUUCAUUUCUUCGAACGUCAAGCAGGUGAUGGGGGUAUGGGGCGUAGAUCUCGACUUGCACGUGCACAUGGCAAUUAUGCUGGUCCCGAUCUUGCUCAGUACUUGGAUACGCAAUCUCAAGUUGCUAGUGCCGCUAUCCUCGCUCGCGAACGUUCUCAUCGUAUUUGGCUACGUCGCCACCAUCUACGUUAUAUCUCAUGAUCUGCCAGCAAUUUCUGAACGUCGAUAUGUUGCCGAUUGGAGUCAGCUGCCGCUGUUCUUUGGUACUGCCAUAUACGCCUUCGAGGGCAUUGCUUUGGUUUUGCCACUGAAGAACGAAAUGAUAAAGCCGAAAAAUUUUGACAGACCUCUGGGCGUGUUGAACGUCGGUAUGAUCAUCGUCGGCUGUAUGUUCAUCGCCAUAGGUUUCUUAUCAUACCUGAGAUAUGGUGAAGAAGUUGCGGGAUCCGUCACAUUGAAUCUACCUGAAAAAGAGCUUCUAUCUCAAUGCAUAAAGCUCGCAAUAUCGCUGAGUAUCUUACUUACCUACGCUCUUCAAUUCUAUGUGCCUAUCGGAAUUAUGUGGCCCGAAUUUGUUCAUCAGUUCGGUCCUUUUAACUAUCCAGUUGUUGGAGAAAUCCUGUUUAGAACUACCUUCUGCUUAAUCACUUUCAUCCUCGCCGAAGUGAUCCCGCAGCUUGGACUAUUUAUCUCGCUGGUUGGCGCAGUGAGCAGUUCCGCGUUGGCCCUCAUCUUCCCGGCGAUAAUCGAGAUCGUGAUCAGCUGGCAGGACGCAAAGCUCAACAAAUUUACUUUCUUCAAGGACAUCGUCAUUCUCGGCAUCGGUUUUCUCGGCUGUUUUACCGGCACUUACGCCAGCAUCGCAGAAAUUAUUCAUGUAUUUAAUAAGGGGGAGUAAGAGAUGCACUUAUUGCACACAUUAUUCCUCAAGAACAUCAAAUGAACUUUUUUACAAAAGAUCGAUUGAUUCGGAUGCGAGUUUCAUGACUCGGUGGUGGUGUGAGAACAAAGUAACUUUUAAAAUUAAACUAGGAGUAAAGUUGUAUGAGUUUGCUUAUAAAAGGAUACAAGCAACGCGCCGGACGCUUGCUAGCAUAUCUAGUUCGCAAUCUUUUUAUCGACGUUAUGAUAUAAAUAUUUUUAAUAAGAUCGUUUCUAGAGAAUUUUCUUCUUUAUGGUACAAAAUUAUAUUAAGAGGGUCCAAAAGCCAAUCAAAAUUUCAGGCAUUUCACGUCUCAUCAUUACUGGAUAAGCUUUUUAACUAAUAUUCAAAAAAGCAAGCUUUUCGUGAUCGAUUAAAAUUUUUAAUUGAAUUUCGGAUCUUCUUAAAAACCGCUUUUAAAAUACUCAUUUCCUAUUAUAGAUAGAUAUGUAAAUAAUAUAAAAACUAUAGCGCUAGUACGCAUAUUAUACGCAUGUUAAGAUUUUUAAAUUUAUCGCUCCUAGCUGGGCAAACAUUUUAUAUUCUUACAAAAAAAAACGUAAAACAAAAUUGUGGAUUAAAAAAAAACAACUAGAUAUUUCUUUUUUUUUAACUUAUAAAUAAUAAAAAUGAUCACUUAACGCUUUUUGUUCCCAUUUGAAAAGAAAAUAGCAUGCAGACUUGCAAAGUAUACUAUUUUAACGGGUCUCUAAUCGAAAUACUUUAGCGAAACAUUCAUUUUAUAUUUGCUUUAUAAAGUUUGCAUUUUAAAUACAUUAUUUUGAAAAUAUCAAUUGUGUUCAACCAUUAGUUGAUUGACAAAUUAUAAAAAUAUAUAUGGCAAAAAAGAAUACAUUAUCUUAUAAAAAGCUUGUUUUGUUUGAUCACAUUGAACAUUGAACAUAGAGCAUUGAACGAAUUUAUUCAGCUGCUGCUAAUGCCAUCAUGGUAAAGCGGACUUCUCCUGGUUCACGAUUCAUGUAUUCUCGGCAUAUGCGAGCGGCAUCUUCGAGGAACGUCUCAGAAUUAGAUGAUCCGUGAUUGAUGGGAUAUGGCUUUCUACCAUCUGUAAUACAAAAAUUAACAUUGAAAAUUACAAUGACAAAAUUUUGUUAAAUACUUCAAUAAUAAUCUUGUUGUGAAAAUUU